UUUGUCUUUUUUUUUUUGUAGUCACAUGAUGGUAUUUUGCAGACGAUUGUCAGGAAAAUUACAAUUCAUGACUCUUAACAUGUAGAUCGUGUGACGCACUUUGUAAACAGAGCAGGUGAAUUCUUUGUCGCAAUACAAGUAACAGAGUAAAUUAAUGUUAAUCGCAGUUAUUUUGUAAUUAUUAGAACGGUUCAUAUUUUGAGUUUUGAUGAAAAACAUUCUUGUGGAUGGACAGGAAUUCUUCUCCCACCAAGGACAUAUACAUUGCAUUUGGGGCCAAUCAAGAGAUUUUUCUCCAGGGGCAUAGUGUGGGAAUCGGAUAUGGAGCCACAACUCAUCUCUGUACAGUACUGAGAGUGAACGUAGUGGGAGCUGUACCCAUGCAGUGUCAGAACAGGAGCUGUCCAGAAGUCAUGAUGCCUCUUCCUGCCAUGACCAUGAAGAAAUUAACCCUCUCAUCGUUACGCAGAUGACACUGGCCCCCAGAGAGCGCUGCUGUUGGUUGACAGUGGAACCUAGUAUCUUCUUGGGAAUGCUAGGUCAUGCCCUCUCAAGUUCUGUGAUCACGCAGCUACUAUUAGCACGGAACUGCCAGGAAAUGUUUCCCUUGAAUGCAACAAAGUGUGAUAUGCUAGUUUACAGGAUAGACACACAGGAAGCCCGACAGCUGGAGGCACUGUUGGAACCUCGUGUCACUGUACUGCAGAUGUACAAGACUGUGAUUGAAGCCUUCAUUCCUGCGGUUCUCUCCAUGUUUUUGGGGCCUUGGAGUGACCAUUAUGGCAGGAAACCACUCAUGUUGUGGCCAGUGUUCGGAUAUGGCCUUACAUAUAUAAUAUACACUUUUCUGUCUGUGGUACCUGAUCUCUGUCCAUUCUAUUUCCUGCUGGCCAGUAUUCCUGUGGCUCUCAGUGGGGGACUGAUUACCGUUAUCUCAGGGAUGUAUGCCUACACCAGUGAUAUCACUUCUGCUGAAAAGAGAGCUUUAAGGAUGGGAUUCCUGGAUGUUUGUUUGUUUGGUGGAGUGGCAGUAGGAGGCUAUCUCAGUGCCCCGUUGUUCUCCGUAGCAGGGAAGUAUGGGUACUUGACAGUGUUUGCGACAAGUGCCACAUGUUAUCUGCUGAGCUUCUUGUAUGUGACAUUCAUACCAGAGUCUGUAAAUGUGAGCCAGAUGGGAAGCUCCAAUGGAGGGCUGUGCAGUGUAUUUGACAUACGGCUAGUUUCGAAGAUGAUUGCUACCUGCUGCAAGAGAAGAGAACACUAUAGACGAGCCAUCAUCUUCCUUGUCAUCAUCGUUAUAUCUACCUGUAUCAUUAGCUUGGAAGGUGAAAGUACUGUGUCGUUUCUUUACACAAGGGACAAAUUUGGUUGGGAUAUCAGAAAAUACACACAGUUUGGUAGUGUUGUGACACUGCUUUCAUUAUGUGGAACUCUGAUUGGAAUGUAUAUCUUCAGCGUGUGGCUCAGAAUCUCAGACAGUGUGUUUGCACUGUGUGUCUUCCUCACGAAGUGUGCUCAAACACUUAUCUUUGGCUUUGCACCAAAGGAUUGGUACUUAUAUAUUGGUAGUGCAGUUGGUGUCCUUGGAGGUGUUUCUGGUCCCCUUUGUCGCUCACUUAUCUCCAAAACUGUGCCAUUAGAAGACAUAGGUACAGUGUUUGCAAUGACUUCAAUGAUAGAGUCGCUGACACCCAUUGCUGCCUCACCUCUCUACACAUUUGUCUACAAUGCGACCCUUCUGACAUUUCCUGGAACAUUUUAUAUUGUUUCCUGUGCAAUAUUUGGUCUGGAUGUUAUACUGUUGAGCUGGGUGAUUGUGCUACAGCAUUUGUCACCAGCACACAGCUACACUCGGAUUCAACAGGUAGAAUGAAUCAAGAAGUAGUGCAUGAGCAGGUAACUUCGGACCUCUAUAUAGUAGAUUCUGUAACUCAAUCUCAGUGAACAAAGAUUUUCUCAACAGUUUCAGACAUGACUGCAUGAUUGUUAGGCACAUUAUGUCAUGUCAGAAUUGAACCUAACCUGAUGAUUCAAAACAAAUAGUUCUCAUAAAACUUUAACAGUUCUUCUAUACUGAGACAUAUACUACUCAAAGAAUCUAUGUUCUCCAGAACAAAUCUUUUAGUUUCUUUUGUCACUUUCAUUUAC